UUGCGUCUUAGCCGCCACGUACGACAACGCGGCCCAGUUAUGGAAGGUGGGGGACAGCAGGAUUAAGGAAAUUCUUACGGGACACACUAACAAAGUGACAGCUGCCCAGUUCAGGUCCACCUGGCACCAGGCGGUUACCGGUAGCCAAGACCGGACCGUGAAGGAGUGGGACUUGGUCAAAGUGGCAUGUUCUAGGACCAUCCAGGUCUUAUCUUACUGCAACGAUGUUGUGUGUUGCAACAACGUCAUUGUGAGCGGCCACCACGACAAGAUGAUCCGUUUCUGGGACAGCAGGGACUCUCGCUGCACACAAGUGGUCCCCGUGGGAGCUAAGGUCACCUCGCUCAGCCUCAGCCCUGACCAGCUGCAACUUCUGAGUUGCUCCCGGGACAACGCGCUCAAGGUCAUUGACCUGAGGAUGCACACCGUCCAGCAGGUCUUCAGAGCGGAUGGAUUCAAAUGUGGCUCUGAUGGGACCAAAGCUGUGUUCAGCCCGGAUAAGAGCUACGCCUUGGCUGGAUCUUCAAAUGGCACCCUUUUCCUCUGGGACAUAACAACGGGGAAAUUGGAAAAGAGCUUGGCGGGAGUCCACCGGUCUUCCGUCAACGCUGUGGCGUGGAGUCCCUCUGGAGUACACAUAGGGAGUGUGGGCCGGUGCCGGAAAGUUGUGUUGUGGAGGUAGCAGAAGAGAAGACACGGAGGCCACACCUCGUGUCUCUUUGGGCCUUUCGGGGUGGAUCGUUAGGCGUGAGAACGAGGACCUCCCAACCAUUUGAGGUGGGGCCUGAGAAGCAGGUCUUCCUUCAGUCCUGGAUUCGAGUCUUCGUUCUUCCUUGCGAUGGAGGAAGGAGGCCAAUGGGGAGCCAGUAUCCUGGGACAAACAACCACCCCCCUGGACACUCACUCGACCUGCAAAUCCAAAGCUUUUAAAGGAGAAACCAGGCUUAAUACCAAGAACUGGGAUCUUGGAGUC